UAUCAUGACAGAUACUACGCUAUAGAGUUAUGCAUACAUGCAUUAUGAGUUUUGUUGAACAGUUGAAAAUGCCUUUAAAGUGUUGAAUUGCCAAUUAACAGAUGAGUUGAGAACAUGGCAUUCAAGUAUUUGCUGGUUGUGACGUGUGUAUGUGCUUGGUUUGCAUCCUUGGCGGCUUCUGAUAAGGAGUUAUUAAGGGUUGGUCUCAGAAAGAGGAGUUUGGACAUUAACAGUUUUAGUUCUGCAAGGAUCAGGGAGGCUGUUCAUCAUUUAAAACCAGAUACAGUGUAUCUGAAGAAUUAUCUUGAUGCACAGUAUUUUGGAGAAAUUGGUAUUGGGUCACCUCCUCAAACCUUCAGAGUUGUGUUUGACACUGGAAGCUCGAAUCUGUGGGUUCCUUCUUCCAAAUGUAUUUUGUCUAUUGCUUGCUAUUUUCAUUCCAAGUAUAGAUCCAAGCUAUCUAACACCUAUACGAAAAUAGGAACAUCUUGCAGGAUCCCUUAUGGGCAUGGACACAUUCCUGGCUUCUUCAGCCAAGAUAAUUUAAGAGUAGGGGAACUCAUCGUCAAAGAUCAGCAAUUUGCUGAGAUUACAAAGGAAGGACCUCUAGCGUUUUUAGCACAUCAUUUUGAUGGGAUACUUGGACUUGGAUUCCUGAACAAGUCAGUGGGACAAGUCACACCAGUGUGGUACAACAUGAUAGAACAAGGGCAUGUGACUCAAAAGAUUUUCUCCCUCUGGCUAAACCCAGACCCAAUGUCAAAGAUAGGGGGUGAGAUUGUCUUUGGUGGUAUUGACUGGAGGCACUUUAAGGGUGACCAUACUUAUGUUCCACUUACUCAUGAAGAUUAUUGGCAGAUUGAGGUGGGAGAUAUUCUACUUGCAAACAAUCCAACAGGGCUAUGUGCGGGUGGUUGUGCUGCUAUUAUUGAUUCGGGAACCUCUUUGAUUGCCGGUCCAACUAAAAUUGUGACUCAAAUUAACCAUGCCAUUGGAGCAGAAGGAUAUGUGAGCUAUGAAUGUAAAAGCAUCAUCCAUAACUAUGGCGAUUCCAUAUGGGAAUAUAUAAUUUCCGGGCUGAAGCCUGAAAUUAUUUGCGUUGAUCUCGGACUCUGCUCACAUAAUAGAACAUACAUAAAGAAUGAUGUUAUUGAAACAGCGGCACAUAAUGAAAGUUGGGGGGGCGAGUCAAGAACAAAGGAGAGCCCCUUGUGUACUUUUUGUGAUAUGAUAGUUUUUUGGAUUCAAGUUCAGCUUAAGCAAAAGAAUACAAAGGACAAAAUAUUAAAAUAUGUAGAUGAGCUGUGUGAGAAGCUUCCCAAUCCCGUGGGACAAACAUUUAUAGACUGCAACAGUAUUGACACCAUGCCACAAAUAACAUUCACUAUUGGAAACAAAUCAUUUCCCCUCUCUCCAGAACAGUAUAUGCUAAGAAUUGAAGAAGGUUGUUCCACUGUCUGUUAUGGUGGUUUUGUUCCUCUAGAUGUGCCACCACCACAAGGUCCCCUCUGGGUUCUUGGAGAUCUUUUCUUGGGGGCAUAUCACACAGUGUUUGACUACGGCAAUCUUCGUAUUGGAUUUGCAGAGGUUGCUUAGCCAUAAUUUGGUGUCAGUGCUAUGCCAAAUUAUUUGUAGGAAAAAACAAAAAGAAAGAAAUAAAAGGUUUAUAGAAUUUUACAGCAUUUAAAAACUGCAGACCCUCGGAAUUUCUGUGCUGCAAGGUCUCUUGUAAAUGUUGAUUAGUAAUUUGGUAUACUUCAUGAAUAAAAUUUUGUUAAACAUUUAUUUCUCUUAGAUUGUAACCGCAAUGCAAAAUAAAAACAAAUGCCUUA